AUGGAAUUGGAGUAUCUCGUGGUCUUGUGGGCUGUUGAGUAUUAUAGGCAUUAUUUCAGAUUUAGCCAUUUUGUGGUAUUAAUGGACUACUUAGUAUUAAAGUGGUUACACACCUCUAAACUCUCAGAACCUAAAAAUAAAGAAGCUAAGUUACCAGAAGAAACAAUGAAAAAAGAGAAAGAAAUAAUAAACUUGGAAUGGCUAAAAUCACUGGAAGACUAUAAUGAAUAUAACGACUACUGGGGAGAAAAAAAAUUAGAUAAGUAUGAAGAUUGGAUUGAAAAUGGACUAAUAUAUGAGGAAGACUCUAAUGAAGAUAACGAUGAACCUAAUUUCAUCCCGAAUAAUCUUGAAUUAAAGGAAUUAAUAAAGACACUUACUAUCAAAUCUAAUAAAGAACAUAUCUGGUCAGAAGCAAACAAUUAUCAAGAACUACUUGAACUAAAAUAUAAAAUAGAAAAAGGAAAACAAAGAGUAGAAAAGAGAAAAGAGAAAAAGAUCAUUAUUGACCUUACUUUGCCUGUGCCUCCUGAUAUUAUUGUCACUCCACCACCAUUCGAUAUAUCACAUGACCUUGUGACCUCAGUAACCUGGACUUUCCUUGUAUUAUCUUAG